UCGUCCCAACCGAUUCGUGUUAGGGUCGCCGCCGCCGCCGCCGGCCAAGCCACCCAUCCCCAACUCAUGGCGGCGGCGAGGAUCUGGUGGGGCGAUGCAGUUCCUUCUAAAGUGAAUCAGUGGUGAAAUCCAUCUAUGUAUGAAACAAGAAAAAUUAAAUGCUGGUCUUUCGUGUUUGUUUUCAUUUCUAGCCCCGAGUUGCUAUCUGCGUGCUGCAUCCGACGGACUAUCGUGAUAGUCUUCGGGAUCUGAGGGAAUACAUGUGCCAGGGAUGCUUUCCUUGGAGAAAUCAGGCAAACCUGCAGGUGGGGCAACAAGCGACACCAAUUUAUCAAGACCCCUCUGUUGCUGGAUUAAUGAAUGGUCCACAUGUUGAUUACAACAAUAAUCCAGCUCCUAACAGUGGGAGAAACAUUCUGGGAGCAAAUCAAGUAGAUCAAAUGGCAAUGCAGCACGAGGGACAAUAUUUAGACCCCCAUGUUGGACUUACAAAUGGUCUACAUGCUGAUUACACCAUCAAUCUAGCUUCUAAUACUGAGGGAUUGUUUAUGGGAGGAAACCAAUCAAACCUGCCUAUGGAGCAAUAUUUUGAACCAGUUCAUCCAGAGCCCAGUGUUGGUGGAUUUAUGGAUGGUUCACAUGUUUAUUACACCAAUAAUCUGUCUUCUAACAGUGGGACAAACAUUCUGGGAGCAAAUCAAGCAGAACAGAUGGCAGUGCAGCAUGAGGGACAGUAUUUAGCUUGCAAUAUUUCUAGAUUCGUGAAUGGUUCACAGCCUGACUGCACCACUAAUCCAGUUCCUAACAGUGAUAGUUCUGGAAAGCACUAUCAUGCUGAAACAGAAACACAGAUGACUCUGCCAUCCAACAGUUACCCUCUGAAUGAUAACAUGUAUUGUAUGACAUGGGAAACUAACAUGACUAAUGACAACGAGUCAUCACUGGAGCCUUUUACCCCGUGGGAGGAAUUUUAUACAGCAUCUGCAUAUGAUCAUACUCAAGAUGGACAUUAAUCAUCCCCUGGAAACAAGACGAGAUGCUGGAGACACGAGGGUAUUGGUGCGUGCAAGAUACAGUGUGGAUCGACUUUGGGUACUUGCCUUCUGGAGAGUUUUGAGACUGCGAGAUAUGCCAUAUAAGUAGCCAAGCAUAUCUCUACAUUUAUAUUUUAAAUUGAAAUAGCAUUUUGGACAUUUUUACCCUGUCCCUGGAACAAUUUUGUCCUUUGGCAUCAUCGUUUCCCUGAGAGUUUUGAGGCUACGAUAUGACAUAUGAGCAGCUAUGCAUAUCUUCUAUCA